AUGGACAAAGGAGUGGAUAAUCCGGCAUUCAUCACUGAUGACAAGCUAAAUGUACGACAAAACUCAAAUUCUAAACCAGAAAAAAUUGAAACAUCUGAACAAGAAUUUGAGGAAGGACCAUGUGGUUGGGGAACAUUCACACCAAACUGCCUUCAGUGCUGCAACAACCCAGAAGGAUAUUUAGCCUUUUACAGUCUACUGGGUGUCAUUCAAGGUACUUUAGUGAAUGGUCUGGUGAACAUCAACAUAACCACAAUUGAGAAGCGAUACAACCUGAAUAGCCUCACCACAGGAUUGAUUUCUGCAGGCUAUGAUAUUUCCUUCAGUAUUUUAUGCCUCUUUGUCUCUUACCACGGACAAAAGGGACACAAGCCACGAUGGCUGGCUUUCUCAGCUUUUAUGCUUGGAUUGGGGUCCCUUGUGUUUUGCCUGCCCCAUUUCACUGGUGGCCUGUAUAAUUAUGGUGCUCAAAUAACAGAUACCUGUGUUGUACCUCACAAUAAUGCCAGCACACCAGCCUGCACUCCCUCUGCUACAACUAAAUCCUCCACUUUUGUAUUUGUGUUCCUUCUGGGGCAGCUGCUACAUGGGGUAGGAGGAACCCCUUUAUACACACUGGGAACGGCCCACAUUGAUGAUUCUGUCUCUAAUGAGAAAAGUUCCCUUUAUAUAGGUAUUGGAAGUGGCAUGUCAGUUCUGGGCCCUGCGUUUGGAUAUGUCAUAGGUGGUCAGUUCCUGGACAUUUAUAUUGAUAUCAAUACAAUUUCCAAAAUUCCUCUGAUGCCAGAUGACCCUCGAUGGCUUGGUGCAUGGUGGAUUGGGUUUCUUUUGUGCUGGAUUCUAGCCUGGUGUCUUGUUAUACCUCUGUCUUGUUUCCCAAAGCAUCUCCCAGGUACAGCAGAAGUCCAGCUUCAAAAGGUUUCUCAGGCCCACAGUUAUAAAGGUGGAAUUGUUCUGACACAGCAUCAUUUUGGAAAGAGUUUUAAGGAUUUCUAUUCAGUACUGCUGAUGUUGUUGAGGAACCCUGUUUUCAUGGCCUUAGUAAUAGCAGGCACCACUGAAUCACUGGUCAUCACUGGAUUUGUGACAUUUAUGCCUAAAUACAUUGAAAAUCAGUUUGGCCUAACUGCUAGCCUGGCAGCAAUUCUGGGUGGUGCAGUACUUAUUCCUGGAGCUUUUAUUGGUCAAAUUAUUGGUGGUGUCAUCAUUUCCAAGUUGAGGCUCCAAUGUCGAAAUGUGUUGAAAAUGGCUGCAGCCACAUGUACAGCAUCACUGCUUUGUGCCUUAGUUUUCAUUUUUGCUCAAUGUUCAAAUCAGCCAUUUGCUGGAGUCAACCAGGACUAUAAUCAUAGCAGCACUGCAGAGAAAUUCGAAUUGUUGGCACUCUGCAAUGAGGAGUGUCAUUGCAUCCGUUCUCACUACAAUCCAGUCUGUGGUGUAGAUAAUGUCCAGUACUUUUCUGCAUGCUAUGCAGGUUGUACUAAUACAUCAGUAACAGGUGACACUGAGGUUUACCACAGCUGUUCUUGUAUCCCGCACGUUGAAAAUAAGUUUAAUGCACGUGAAGGAAAAUGUGGCCCCACAUGUACCAAGAUGCCCAUAUUUAUGGGAUUUUUUUUGCUUUCUGUUAUUUUCACCUUCAUGACUAGUACACCAAUUACAACAUCUGUUCUCAGGUGUGUUCCUGAUAGCCAACGCUCGUUUUCAUUGGGUAUUCAGUGGCUCUUUGUGCGGAUCCUAGGUACAAUUCCAGGACCAAUACUGUUUGGUACAGUGAUUGAUGUAUCAUGUGUCCUAUGGAAUAAAGAUAAUUGUGGUCAUAAAGGUGCAUGCUGGACAUAUGACAACCCAAAAAUGGCCAAUUUGAUUACAGUCAUUGGCACAUCUUCCAAACUGAUCUCCAUUGUUGCAAUUAUUGCAGCUUUUUUCCUAUAUAGACCUCCACAGGUUGCUGAAGUUACAGAACAAAUGGCUGAUGGGCCGGCUAGUCAAUGGGGAUUCAAUACUGACGACCAGGACUAG